AUGCCCCAUACGCGCUCGCAGGGACCGCCGCCGUUGCCGUUUGCACUCAAGUCUUCCUUCUCGUCGUCUACGUCCGAGGUACGUGCUUCUAGCUCUACUUCAUUUUCUCAGUCCACCCCAGUUUUCGAUUUUACACCAAAAUCUUCACCCCACAAUUCCCCGCCACCCACCCGCCCACCUAGUCCGCCACCCAUAGCUCACAUGGCCCGUAGGACAUUUUACGACCAGGCUACCACCGGCUUCGCCGGUGGUAAUUCCCCCAUCACCCUUCCCGAGAUCCCGAACGAUCGGUCUUGGCAGAUACCAUCCUACAUUAUGACCGCCAUCACCAAUUCCUGCCAGUUCCAUGGUCGUGACGACGAGGAUGCCCUCGCCCAUAUCAAUCACAUCACUCGUCUCUGCAGCACCUUCUCCAUUGAGGGUGUCAAUCUUGAUGCUAGGUAUCUUCAGGUUUUUCCGUUCUCACUUGCUGGACGCGCAGCCGUCUGGUUCGAUUCCCAGCCUGCUGGCACUUUCACUACUUGGGCAGGCCUUCGCGAUGCAUUCUUAGCCAAGUAUUUUCCGCCAGCCAAGGCAUCUCGCCUUCGUGACCAGAUCCACUCAUUUCAUAUGGAGCCAGAUGAGCCUUAUCACUUAGCUUGGGAGCGUUUUCAGACCCUGAUUACCCGUUGUUCUCAGCAUGGUCUAUCUGACUGGGCGUUAGUAGAGAAGUUCUACAAUGGACUUACUCCUGAGAUUAGGGCUCGUUUCGAUACUUCAGCAGGAGGUCAGCUUAUGGGAAAGAAGACGGUGGCGGAGUGCAAUGAUUUAUUUGAGAGUUUUGCCCACUCCGAUAUGGACUACAGCACUACCAGCAGGACUUCCAUUCCUGUGCGUACCACCUCGGCCGGUCGAGGGGUAAACCAAGUUGGCUUGGAUUCAUCGGUAGCUGCUGCAGUCGAGAGAGCGAAGGAGGAAUUGAGGCAAGAGAUGAGGCAGGAGUUGAAUGAGAUAAAGAAGAAAGUCGAUAGGCGUGAGGUUUGUCGAGGGGGACAUGAUACUAUAGAUUGUCCUACGAUCACUCUUGAGCAGGUAGAGUACAUAGCCGGUCAGUCUAGGGGUCCCACGAAUCCGUUCAAUAAUUCUAAUUCCAACUGGCGCGGUAGUGGUAAUUCGAGUGGUUAUCGUUCGUAUGGAAAUCCUCCUGGAUUUCCAUCUGGUCAGUAUCAGAGUAGAGGGCCCGGUAUUUACACGCAUUCUGGUUCAGGGCAGUUUAGUGGGUCAGGUUCGAGUGGUCAGUUUAUGAGUGGAGGACCGACUCAGGAGAGUCAGGGUAGUGGGAAGGCUCCUGAGGUUAGCACGAACAGGUUGGAGGAGAUGUUCGCCCAGAUGAUGACGCGGUCCGAUGCGUUCACGAAAAAUCAGGAGCAAAUUAAUAAAAACAACGAGCUCCAGUUCAAGAAUCAGCAGGCCGCCCUCCUCGAUCUUCAGAGGACAGUAGGCGGGCUUGCUAAGUAG